AUGCCACAACUGUGGGUGUUGGCCGUGGCAUGGGUUGAGGAGCUAAAGGAGGUUGAAACAGUGCAAUGGGUAGAGGGAAUAGUGGAGGUGAGUUUGGUGGUUACUAUGGGUAUAAUGAUGAUAUGGAUAGAAAUUUGGAUAGCAUCAAACUUAGGAUUCCUACUUUCUGAGGCAUAUUUGGAGUGUGAAAAGCAAGUAGACCUUAUCUUUGAUUGUCCUAAUUGUUAUGAGGAAAAGAAGGUAAGGAAUCUUAUAUCUUGGCAAGGUCUUUUGCCAUAUGUGGAGUUUUCAUACAAUAGGGUUGUUCAUAGCACUAAACAUUGUUCUCCAUUUGAAAUUGUUUAUGGUUUUAACCCAUUAACUCCUAUUGAUCUAUUUCCUCUACCUCUUAACAAGCUUGUUAAUGUUGAUGGUUCUUCUAAGGAAAGGUUCCCAAAUCAAAGAAGGCCAAAGCUAAGUCCAAGGGAUGAUGGACCAUUUCAAGUACUUGAGAGGAUCUACGAUAAUGCUUACAAAAUUGAUUUACAAGAUGAUGAGUCUGAUUCAAGGACGAAUCAUCCUAAAGAAGAAGGGAAUGAUAUAGAUCGGCUAACACUUAAAGAUGUUGAUUUGGUUAGGCUUGAUGAUAAGGGCAAUAAGACAGAAUCAAGAAAAGAUCCAUUAAGUUUGUCACAAGGUCCAAUUACAAGGUCAAAGGUCCUACAAGCACAAGGAAUCCUACUCUGA